AUAUUCGAGUACAGAUUAGUUCGAGAAACAUCAGAUUGUAUAGAAAAUGGCAUGAGUCGAACUGUGCAGCUGCUGAGGUAUUAUGAGAAGUAUAGGCACCAUAACCUUUAUAUCACCUAUGUAUACAAAUUGUACAAUCUUCAUAUGACCUAUAAUAAUCAGAUCGAGGCUGCCAGGGCACUGUUACUUUACGCGAACACACUCAGUUGGAAUGAUACUGAAUUAGAUGAAUCCUUAAUUGCCAGAAGGCUCAAUAGGCACUGUGCAGUGGAAAGACAAUUGAAAGAUAGUCUCUUGUGUGAAGCUGCAGAUCUCUUCGCUGAAGGUGAAAUGUGGGAAGAUGCAAUAAAAAUACUGAAGGAGCUCUUACCUGUUUACGAGAUUGCAUAUGUCGAUUACGAUAAGUUGGCUUCGCUUAUGGUCAGGAUUGCCGAGCUUUAUCGUAAGAUCGAUCGCGAGAAUCGUGCCUUUUUCUACUACUAUCUUGUGGCAUUUUACGGAAAAGGGUUCCCUUCAUAUCUAAAUGGAAUUAGCUUCGUCUUCCGCAGUGACAAGCUAGAACGACAUGCUGAUUUCAUGCAGCGUAUGCAGCAGAUUUAUGGCAACCCCGAAGCGAUCAUGUCCAUGGACGACUGUUCGCAUCUGAAAAAUUCACCCGGUCGAUAUAUGCAGGUAUUCAACGUCGAUCCAAUACCUACGACUUGUCCGUUUAAUGACGCUCACGUCAAUCCUGCUAUAAAGGAUUACUAUCGUCACUAUAACAUUCGUGACUUUGAAUAUAGUCGAGUGGAAGAGCGAAAAGGUACGAAAUGGACUUCGGUGAAGGAUUCUGAGUUGAUGCGAACGUGGAUUGUAAAGCGAACAGUGGUGACGUACGAACGACUACCGGGCAUUUUGCGGUCUACGCAGAUAGUCUCUACUUCGCCACCAAUCUAUGUUAACCCUUUACGGCGUUCCGUCGAUCAGAUGCAAAAGAAGAACACCGAGCUUAUGGAAACGGCCUUACUAGUACUACUCAACAGAACGCAUGCAGUGAAAAAACUUUCGGGAGAGAUUCUUGGUGUAGUACGUCCAGCUGUGAUGGGUGGUGUAAGUAACUAUGAGGUAUUCUUUUCUGAUGAAUGCUCCAGAAUAUACGAUUCUGAGGAAAAACAGCUUGCUAUGCAUCUGAGCGCUCUGAUAAUUGAACAAGUGGAGAUUCUAGAAUUCUGUCUUUAUGCCCAUGCCACUCGCACGGAAAUCACGAAGCAGUUCCAUGAUCACCUUGUCGAAGGCUUUUAUGAGCACAAGCAAUACGAACGACACUUUGGAGUGGUGGAGUGGAAAACUCUUCAAUGA